GGGCGGAGACAGAGCUGGGACUGCGGCGGCGCGGACGGCAGCUCAGCGGCGGGGACCACAGCGGCCCAGGGUCGGUCUGGGGUUCGAGCAGUCGGCCCUGUCCACCCAGCCGGCUCUGGAAGAAGAUGCCAGAACAAAGCAAUGACUACCGAGUGGUGGUGUUCGGUGCGGGUGGCGUGGGCAAGAGCUCGCUGGUGCUGCGCUUCGUGAAGGGGACUUUCCGUGACACCUACAUCCCCACUAUUGAGGACACCUACCGCCAAGUGAUCAGCUGUGACAAGAGCGUGUGCACACUGCAGAUCACGGACACGACGGGCAGUCACCAGUUCCCGGCCAUGCAGCGCCUGUCCAUCUCCAAGGGCCAUGCCUUCAUCCUGGUCUUCUCUGUGACCAGCAAGCAGUCGCUGGAGGAGCUGGGACCCAUCUACGACCUCAUCCUGCAGAUCAAGGGCAGCGUGGACGGCAUCCCCGUCAUGCUGGUGGGUAACAAGUGUGAUGAGACGCAGCGUGAGGUGGACACCCGCGACGCGCAGGCCGUGGCCCAGGCAUGGAAGUGUGGCUUCAUGGAGACCUCAGCCAAGAUGAACCACAACGUCAAGGAACUCUUCCAAGAGCUGCUGACGCUUGAGACACGCCGCAACGUCAGCCUCAGCGUGGACGGCAAGCGUACAGGCAAGCAGAAGAGGGCAGACCGCAUCAAGGGCAAGUGUGCACUCAUGUAGCAGCCACAGAGCUGCCCACCGCUCCCGCUCCUCCCCUCCCUCCCCCUCCUCCCUCCUCCCCUCCCU